AUGAAACUAAAGUUGAAAGAGAUGAAUGAAGAUGAUUCGAGAGAUAAUACUGGAUUUCUGUCAAUGAUGUACUCUAUUCAAGCAUUAUGUGAGCAGAGAUUGGCUAAUUCAAAAGGAGCCGAAUUGGCAGCUCAUGAAUCUAGAAGAUACUUGACAAAGAGUGAUUACAAUAUUUAUACAAAGAUUAGUUAUGCAGUAUUGAGUGAUUAUUACGGUGGAGAAGGCGAGGACGAAGUUGCUCAAUCGUAUUUGAAUCAUUUGAAUAGAAUUUUGGGAGAUGGUGCUCAAGAUUUUGAGCAUUUACUUAUAAGGGCUCAGAAAGCAUGUACAUUGGAAGAUAGAGGUUGUAAUGGAGUAAUGUCAAGUAUUGUAUUCAUAUUUUCUUUAUACAAUCGAGAAAAUCAUACUUUUGAUUUGAAAAGCAUUGAAGAAGAAAUUAAUCCUCAAAAUGCUGGUCUUGCCAUCACAGUUGUACAGCAAGUUAAUGAUAUGAUGAAUUCAAUCUUACGUAACUUUCCAAACAAGUACACUGAGGAAUAUACCAGGAUGAAGCACGUACUCCAUGAACUUGUUUUCUUAUCUGGUAUUUCAUCAGUGUUCUUUUCACUUGGAUUGGAGGGAGAAAUGGUUGAUGCACUAGUUGAUAGAGCUGAUGAACUCAUGCAAAUAUUUGACCCAUUGCUAUUCCCAAUAGCUGUCUUUCCUCACCUCUCCAUCUAUAUGACCUAUAGAGUGAACCGAUUUGGGAAUAUUCUUGCAGAAUUUCAUCACCAUAUUCUUAAUGGAAUGGACAUUCGUUCGAUAUUUUGCUUGGAGAAAUUUCAAAAGUAUUUCAAUGGAAUUGUUCAUAGUUUGAAAAUGAUGAAUGAAUUCUCGAAAAGAUACAAAAGAAUUAACAAACGGUUCGGUCAAUUGAAUCAAAAUUUACAGACAAUUGCUAAAUGGAAAUUUGAUGUUCAAUCACACAUAAUACCAAAUGCCUUAUUGGAGGAUAUUGAUUCUUCCAACAACACAACAACAAACACUGUCCAAUCACCAUUUAUUCCUGAAACUCCUGUCAAUAUUUCCUCUCCAAUUCCAAUGGUUAGUAAGUUGGUUUCGAACGCAAAGGAAUCAUCUUUGCUCUAUAAUUCCUGCUUAGAAAGGGCCAAGCUCAAUUAUGCCUUUAACAUUUAA